AUGAUUUCUCUGGACUUCACGCUCUACCGCCUGGUGUGCGAUGUGACAACGUUUACUGGAAUCUUCGCAGCGGAUGCCGAGGGUCGUCGCAUCCCGGAAACGUCCGGGUUUGUGUGCUGCUGGUGCCGGGUUCCCCGGCUGCGCUCGACGGCACCCAUUGAGCCAAGCGGCUCCACCUCAGCGGCCUUCUUCAAGGCGCGGGGGUCGGACAUGACCCUCAGCUUCAAUAACGCCACAGGGAGCCUUGAGAUCGACGCCGACAAGGACGUCAUCGCCUUCCAGCUGAAGCCGCUCAGCUACGGUGGCGGCCCCGCUCCGGUGGUGGCGAAGGGAACGCUGGACCCCCUGCCGUAUGUUGGGAAAGCGGCGAAGAAUUACGCCAUCAAGCUGCGCGGUGCCGCCAACCAGGUGGUUGGCAAGCUUCUUUUUGCACUGGAGGCAAAGGAGGCAGAAAGUGGAAAGGGCGAUGUGCCCGCGACGGGCCUUGGCCUAAGUGACGGGCAAGGUGCGGCGGCGGCGGCGGCGGCGGAUAAGCUUGCAUUACCUCCAGAUAGUAAACCGGGCGCGGCCACGGCCCAAUACCAACACCCUCGCUCCCCCCACCAACACCGUCAACUUCAUGGCACUGAAAACGAUAAUGUCUUCUUAAGUCAGGUGCACAUGCAGAAAAAAGAGUAUGUGUCUCAGUCUCCACCGAGUGCUACGGUGACCCAACGUAACUCCUCUGAGCCUUUCCCUGACCGCCAUGACAGCAUAGGAAAUGCGGCCACUACAAAGGAUGUGGUUGUGGCAAAACCAUCCAAUACGCGAGGAGCUGGGUAUAUAGAAAUGAAUAUUGAACAGAUUAUUGUCAAGAGUGAGGCAAUUGAUCUCAACAAUCCAGCCCCAUUGCUCUUAGGAGGGAGUUAUUACUUAAAGAUUCGAUACGGUGCGUUCUCUUCGAGUACGCCAGCUGUUGAGUGUCAAACUCCAAGGAAGCUCAAAUACACUCACCGUGUAACAGUUAUUGAGACGCCAGAGAGAUCUCUCAAGCUUCGCUUCUCCCUCUGGGAGGAUGGCCGACAAGUGGCGGGCUUUUCACUGGACCCUGCGAAGUUCCGUGUGGCUCCUGGGGCCUGGAAGGAGUACUCCAUCCCCUUCCGCUACUACCCGACUCAACAGUCCCUCUCCCUAGAGCUAGCUGUGCGCCGUUUCGAGGCUGCCAAGGAGGAGGCGGCGACGGAGGGGAAGAAGGAUGCCUCCGCCGUGCCAAGUGCCAAGCCGUCGUCGGAAACCAAAGGAGCAUCGUCGCACUCGAGCGAUGAAACGAUGAGGUUUCAGGAGAAGGCAGAGCAAAAGCCCGAGCCUCUUCAGACGACUCCACGCAAUCAGGAAGGUAUUCAUGUCUUACCGAGUCGCACCAACAACGCAGCGUCAACGGUGUACCAACGACAAAACUCAGCAAAGAAUUACGUACAGAAGGGGUGCUUGGAUAUCAAUGUACGCGAAAGUCACUGGAGGAGCGCCUUGCCGCCGGCCGGCGAGGAGACUUCAAAAACGGCACCCACGUCAACACAAAUUCGGCCCCAGCAGCGUGGCAGAGGCGCGAGGGAGGUGACUACGCAUACACCUCCUUCCACCGCUUACAAUGGUCCGCUUGGUAGCCGUGUCAAUGCUGAGAACACAAAUGCUGUGGAGCAAAAGGACGAGAGCCACGGUGUGGAGAGCGUCAAACGAAUACAGGCCUUCUUGGAUCAGCUUGCGUCUCGUAACUUGCGCUCUUCUUCCGCCACACGACAAGCAAUGCAGGGACCAGAAUUGCUGCGAACAUCUUUGAGCCAGCGCAAUGGCGCCGCGAGAACUAUGGAACAUCGUCGGGACUUGCGAGGCGGCGAGCGUGACACCACGCCCCUGCGCAACCAUGCCUCGCUGUAUACCACAAGCGUGGACCGAAGAGAGGACGGAACCCUCUCUGACUGGGGCACUGAUAACCUCUAUACAAGGGACCGUGCCUCGUGGGAGCGGUCCGCAUCCAUCAACGGGAGCUACACGGGCCCAGGAAGGUAUGCGGCGUCGCUUAACGGCGCCACAGAUGGCCGUGGACGGCGUGCAGAUUUGCUGCAUCUCCGAGCUGGCGCAAAUCCGCGUCUGGGCUCGUCGCUCAUGGAUGAAUGGCUGGAAUGGCGCGAAAAAAAAACCUCGGCCCAGGUGUCUCGGACAGGUUCUGUGAAUAGUGCCUUUAGCCGAGACGACUCUGUCUAUUCCAUCGCGUCUCGUAACAGAGCAGUAAGCCCACUUCCAACGAAGUCGUUUGCUCAGUUGUCUGAGCAGCGGCCAUACCAACCGCAAUACGUUUCGCGGUCAGCGAGCAGAAGCUCCGCCGCCCCCGGGCGACCACCGCUGCCAAUGCGUUGA